AUGAGGAAGUCUGUGAGGAGGUUUUGCAUGCCAAAAAGAAAGAAAGAGCUGCCCACAAAAGAAGAGAAGGAAUUUCUACAUUUCAACCUGGAGCAGGAGAUCAGGGAUCAGAAGGGAGGAUGCGAUUGGUUCCUAACAACAGUCACAGAGCUGCAGAGAAUUCAAGAAUCUGCUAAACAACUUGAAGCCAAAGAUGACAAGAUAACUGAACUGCUUAAUGAUGUCGAAAGGCUGAAGCAGGCACUCCAUGGCCUUUCCCAACUCACCCACAUGAGCGGGAGCCCCACCAAGAGGCAGAGCCAGCUCAUUGACAGUCUGCAGCACCAGGUGAAAUCCCUGCAGCGGCAACUGGCUAUGCCGAGAGACAGCACCAAGAAGUAA